UACCUAGUUUUAGAGAGAGAAACAAAGAGGGGCAAUUAUGGAAUGUGGUGGUGCAGCAGGAGGUAGAGAUGGCUUCCAUAGCUACAGAAGGCAACAACCUAAGCCAACCUCGGCUUUGAAUGUAUUGUUGACCACAAAUAAGUCAUCCUCUGCCAACAACACUCACAACAGCAACCACCAGCAAUCAAAUAGUCGAAACGUUGCGGCCAACUCCCCUGUGACUGGCUCUAUCCCUGCCUCGAUCGCUGCUACCAACAAUGAGCAGAGCCAACAAUGCAUUGUGCGGGAGCAAGACCAAUAUAUGCCGAUCGCUAAUGUGAUACGCAUCAUGCGACGAAUCUUACCCUCUCAUGCAAAGAUAUCUGAUGAUGCAAAGGAAACCAUCCAAGAAUGCGUGUCUGAGUACAUCAGCUUCAUUACUGGUGAGGCCAACGAGCGAUGCCAAAGGGAGCAGCGUAAGACAGUAACAGCAGAGGAUGUCCUUUGGGCCAUGGGGAAGCUAGGGUUUGACGAUUACAUUGAGCCAUUAACUGUCUUUCUCAAUCGCUACCGCGAGUCGGAGAGUGAUCGAAUGCGUACGGAACCGAUCCUGAGGCGCAAUGUAGAUUAUGGACCACAAGUCGGGAUGGUAACACCGUAUGGCCAGACAUUUCAGAUAGGGCACGUCCCAAUAGGAAUGUUUGAUGCAAUGGGCGGGUACUACGAUGGAGGUGGCAAUGGCGGGUCGAGCUCGGGCAAUGGUAGUCAACUUUGAUAUGAGUUCGAAGUAAAAUAUGACUAUAUAUAUA